AUCCCGCACACAUACCCAGUGAGCACGUGCGGCGCGUUUAUGUUUGGCGCUCGAAGAUGCGAUCGCAUUUUCCGUAAUAUAACAAUUUCUGCCCUAACGUCCGUUUUCUUUCCGCUUCUUUCGCGAGGCUGUUCGUUUUCCAUAAUUUCAGAUUAGUUCGAGUGCAAUAUGUCGGGCAUUAAGGCUGAUGUUGCCAAAGAGCAAGAUCAUGCAGAGGAUGUUCUCAGGUAUCAAGCGGACGGAGACUUCCCUGUGGAGGGCUCAGAUCAUCCUGACAAAAGCAAUGAAAAUUCCAUGCCCUCACCCCAAGCUGAGGAGGAAGUGAUCAAGAAGAAGUAUGGAGGAAUUCUACCUAAGAAACCACCACUCAUUUCAAAGGACCAUGAACGAGCUUUCUUCGACUCCGCUGAUUGGGCAUUGGGAAAGCAAGGUCAGAAGCCCAAAGGUCCACUUGAGGCACUUCGGCCAAAAUUGCAGCCGACACCACACCAGCAAGUCCGUUCCCGGCGAUCAGCUUAUGCUCCUGCGGAUGGUGAAGAUGGAGGCAAUGCUACUUCCGAGGAUCCAAGCAGCAACGAGCAAUAGCUAUUGAUUUUUUAAUUUCUCCAGAGCUUCCGAUCAUUCUGAUAUUUGAAGGUGAUGAGCGCUCUCCUGCGUCUGUUAAUAAGAGAUACAAUGGUUUUUGCAUUUUCUAUAACAAGAAACCACUGCAGCGUUUUUCACACCUGAGACUUGACACUGCUGGGAGUUCUGGUUCGCCAGGUUCUCUUUCUCUAAACGUACAAUGUAUUCUUACUUUCUUAUUAAAGGCAGACAUUUGAGCUUUA